AUGACUAGCUUUGCUAGCCUUAUUAAACUCUCAAAGUCCCAGAACAACGAUGCAGCACAAGAGCUUGCGGCAGCUGUGGCGAAGCGUGAGGCUCAGCAGGCGGCGGCAAGAGCUGAGGCCGCAGCCCGUGAGGCCAGGGAACGAGAGGCCGCAAAAGAAAGACUUAAGCGCCGAUUCGACGAGGAGCAGAAGGCUAAACAACGUGCUGAACAAGAGGCAGAACUCGCGGCGAAACGAGAAAGAGAACUUGAUGAGAAGCGAGAGCGCGAGGGACGAGCCAUGUUGGCAGGCAAGUCUGCAGCUAGUGCAUCAAGGGCAAAGGCAACCAGCGGAGGUGAAAACUCUCGCUCAAAGGCAUCAACAUCCGGAGGCUCUGGUUACAAUGCAGUUGCGACUGGGGCUAUGGGCCUCACCCGCGAGGAGAAACGUGCUCGCCAAAAUGCAUCAUGGGAUGAUCCAGCCUCUCGCUCCAAGUACGCUGCCAAGAAGCGGAAGGCUGUACGCGCCCGGCUUGCUGCCUCCCAAACCGGCCUCAUCAAGCUCAACACUCAGAAGCGCGACCCGCGGUCAAUCGACGAGAUUACUCGAGAUCUACGAGAGAAGUGUGGGGGCGCAGAACCCAAGAAAGUCAUGACCGGAAUCGAGGCCGAGAAAUUUACCGACUGGUUUUCCACCAAAAAGGAUAAGGAGCGAGAGAGAGAGAGAGAAAGGCAGGAGAAGGAGGAGAAGGAAAGGAAACGACAAGAGAAAGAGAGGCUGGCCGAUGAAGCAAGGGAGCGUGAGCGCAAAGCCAGAGAAAAGGAACGCGAGAAGGAGAGGGAAAGAGAACGAGAACGUGAGCGCGGUAAAGACCGUUCGCGCUCUGGUUCAGUCCAAGCUCCACCCCAACAGCCGAAACGUUCUGCGCCCACCCCUACCGCUCCCCCUAAACCGGCGCCAAUUGUCAUUGCUACCAAACCCAGCACUCUCCUCUCUGGCGGAACUAAAUCUUCGGCACCGAAGGAGUACAAGGUGACGGUGAAAACGACCGGCAAUCCGCCUACUAGUCAGGCUGCUCCCACUCCUACCUCGGCAGCCCCGGCCCGCCCGCGCCCCGCAGCGCCCAUUGCCACCUCCAAACCUGCCACUUCUCUACCUGCAAAGCGCCGACGCUCUUAUGAGUCGGAAUCCGAUUCCUAUGAUUCCGAAGAAGAGGAACGCGAACGUAGGCGUCGUGCUUCUCGCAAGGCUCCUGCCGCUGGUGGGAGAGGAUCAGGAUUUGAUAUUUGGAGCAUCAUUAACCCUGGUAAAUCUCGCACCGAAUACCUUAGUCGGGAUGUCGUCAGUGAUGACGAGGACGACAUGGAGGCCACUGGUCGGGACCUUGAACGUGAGGAGAAGCAAAGUGCGCGUAUUGCGAAACAGGAGGACGCCGAGGCCGAGGCCGAAGAACGUCGUCGAGAAGAAGCAAAGCGUCGCAAGAAGAUGGCUGCUGCCCGCUCGAAUUGA